GGAGAGGAGCUGAGGAGGCCGCUCGGCCCCCGCCGCCUCCUGACGGGCCCCGAGCGGGGCCGGGUGUGCUCCGGGCCCGGCCAUGAGCGGCGCGGAGGAGGCGCGGGAGCUGGAGGAGCGGCUGCGGGAGGCGGCGGCGCUGGGGGACGCGGAGGAGGUGCGGCGGCUGCUGCGGGCGGGCGCGGACAUCAACUCCCGCAACGAGAUCAACGGCUGGACCUGUUUGCACUGGGCCUGUAAGCGGAACCAUGCACAAGUGGUGUCCUGCCUGCUGGAAGCUGGUGCAGAUCCGCAGAUCCUCACGGCCAAAGGAGAGCUGGCUGCACAGCUGACUGCCAAACCAGACAUCCGGAAGAUACUGGGAGUAGAGGAAGAAACUGAAUGUCAAGGAAUGAAGGAUUUCAGUUUACCAGUUGUUGCGAACUACUUGGCCAGCCCUCCAUUCCCUUACGUUUACACCGAAGAAAGCAUUCCAGACAGCCCGGCAGAAUCGCAGAAUGAAAGCGCUUCCAUCUCCUCUGCCUCCCGCUGUGAAACCAGCCCUUGUUCAUCAGCAGCUCAGGUUGAAAGCAUCUGCACCCCUACAUCCUGCAACAGCGAAGAUGACUUCCCUGCACAAGCCGCUGCAGAGCAGCUGCCCACCUCACCACCACCUCCAGCAGCCCCGGAGUGCCCCUGCCAGCAGUGCCCCGUGCCCCAGCCAUUGGUACCCAGUGUUCCCAGGCCAGUGGUACCCAAUGUCCCCACACCAGUGGUACACAGCAUCCCCCGGCCAGUGGUCCCCAAUGGCCCCAUCUGCCCAUCACCUGCGCUGGCAGCACUCGAACAGGCCAGACCUCUGCAAACUGACAGUUCACCCACUGGUCCUGCACCAUCAUUCCAGCCCUUUUUCUUUACUGGACCUUUCCCGUAUAACAUGCAAGAACUUGUGCUUAAGGUGAGAGUCCAGAACCUCAGAGACAAUGACUUCAUUGAAAUUGAACUGGACAGACAAGAACUGACCUACCAAGAUCUGCUCAGAGUUAGUUGCUGUGAAUUGGGUGUUAAUCCAGAGCAUGUGGAGAAGAUCAGGAAAUUACCCAACACGCUCCUAAGAAAGGACAAGGAUGUUGCCAGACUUCAGGACUUCCAAGAGCUGGAGUUAGUCCUUGUGAAAAGUGAUGGCUCUCCUUUCCGAAACGCUGCAUCCACUCUGAUGGAGAGGCAAUGCUACAACAGCAGAGCAUCAAAGCUGACCUAUUGACUCUUCCAGUGUAGCUGGAGGAUGGAAACCUGGUAAUUCUCCGAUGAUGCUGCCUUUGGAAGGCAGUAAAUUAAGCGUGUGUAAAACCUUAAGUUAUUGUUAGGGUUACUAUUUUAACUAAUAGUUUAUUUUUUGUAUUUAAUAUCCCUUUUGCUUUUAUUUUUUUAUUGAUACUGGAUUCAGAUAAGGGAUACCUCAUUUGUCUACUAAAACCACAUGCUUCCAGUGUCUUUCAGUGAGGUUUAUUGGUUGUAUUUGGCAACAGAGGGCAGGAAAGACUUAAUAAUCACUGCUGUGAAAAGUGUGUUUACUCCACUCUUUGACCAAAUAGGACUCAUGGAAAAGA